UUGUCAUCCGCUGUACCUGAUCACCAGCGUGCCCCACCAUGUCAGACGCGGCCGUGGACACCAGCUCCGAGAUCACCACCAAGGACUUAAAGGAGAAGAAGGAGGUUGUGGAGGAGGCGGAGAAUGGGAGAGAGGCCCCUGCUAACGGGAACGCUAAUGAGGAAAAUGGGGAACAGGAGUCUGACAACGAGGUAGACGAAGAAGAGGAAGAAGGUGGGAAAGAGGAGGAUGAAGAAGAGGAAGGUGACGGUGAAGAAGAAGAUGAGGAUGAGGAGGCUGAGGCAGCUACAGGCAAACGGGCAGCUGAAGAUGAGGAGGAUGACGAUGUGGGCACCAAGAAGCAGAAGACCGACGAGGAUGACUAGACAGCAAAAGGAAAAGUCCAACGUAAAACAACAAAACAAACACACAAAGGCCACCGUGACCUCUUCACCCUCCACUUCCCGUCUCAGAAUCUAAACGCGGU